AUGUUGUAUUUGGUCGGCCUUGGGCUGUCUGAUGAAACAGAUAUUACUGUCAAGGGUCUGGAGGUUGUGAAGAAAUCCUCGCGCAUCUAUCUUGAGGCAUACACUAGCAUCCUACUCGUUGAUCAGGCGGUUCUGGAAAAAUACUAUGAGCGUCCAAUUACCAUUGCCGACCGAGAAAUGGUCGAAUCCAACAGCGACGAAAUUCUGCGCAAUGCGCAAGUAGAGGAUGUCGCGUUCCUAGUAGUUGGAGAUCCCUUUGGUGCAACGACUCAUACCGACCUCGUUCUCCGCGCUCGCGAACUCGAUAUUCCUGUACGAACCGUUCCAAAUGCUUCCAUAAUGUCUGGCAUUGGCGCAUGUGGCCUUCAGCUGUACAACUUUGGCCAGACAGUGUCCAUGGUUUUCUUUACGGACAACUGGAAGCCUUCCUCAUUUUACGACAGAAUAAAGGAGAACCGUCAGAUAGGGCUGCACACGCUUGUUUUGGUUGAUAUUAAAGUCAAAGAACAGAGCUGGGAGAAUCUUGCGCGCGGCCGCAUGAUCUUUGAGCCUCCUCGCUACAUGACGGUGGGCCAAUGCGCACAGCAAAUGAUCGAGGUGGAAGAAGAGCGUAAGGAAGGUGUUUAUAGCCGCAACUCGCUCGCAAUCGGUGCAGCUCGCGUUGGCGGUAAGACAGAAAAGUUUGUCGCGGGCACAUUGGAAGAGUUGUGCUCGCAAGACGACGAGCUUGGUCCACCGCUCCACAGCCUCGUCCUGUUGGGCAGGAGAGCGCAUGAGCUAGAGAGUGACUUUGUCCGCCAUUUUGCCAUUGACAAAGAGAAGUGGGACAAGAUAUGGAAGGAAGAAUACGGAAAGCAUUAA